AUGGCCGAUGAGUACAAUGUCGAUACUGCAGAAAAUCUCGCAAAUGAGGCAAUGCGUUUGCCGAUCACAGAGGCGAUGCCAACAUAUGAACAACUUCUCGCCACAUUCCCCACUGCAGCAAGAUACUGGAAACAGUAUGUUGAAGCAUUCAUGGCUAUAAACAAUGAUGAUGCAACAAGACAAAUAUUUAGCCGCUGCUUGUUGAAUUGUUUACAAGUUCCUCUUUGGCGAUGUUACAUCCGUUUCAUUAGGAAAGUAAAUGACAAGAAGGGAAUAGAGGGUCAGAUGGAGACUAAGAAAGCUUUUGAUUUCAUGCUUAACUAUGUUGGUGAGGACAUUGCAUCUGGUCCUGUGUGGAUCGAGUAUAUUGCAUUUUUGAAAACUAUGCCGGCACAAACCACACUAGAAGAGUCACAAAGAAUGACUGCCAUUCGGAAGGCAUACCAAAGGGCCAUCGUUACUCCGACCCAUCACGUUGAACAACUUUGGAAGGACUAUGAAAAUUUUGAGAAUUCGGUUAGCCGUGCUCUGGCAAAAGGACUAUUGUCUGAAUAUCAACCAAAAUAUAACAGUGCGAGGGCUGUUUAUAGGGAGCGUAAGAAGUAUGUCGAUGAGAUUGACUGGAAUAUGCUUGCUGUUCCACCUUCUGGUUCUUCUAAGGAAGAAAUGCAAUGGAUGGCUUGGAAAAAGUUGUUAUCAUUUGAGAGAGGAAACCCCCAGAGAAUUGACAAUGUUUCUGCAAAUAAGCGAAUUGCAUUUGCUUAUGAGCAGUGCCUCAUGUAUUUAUAUCAUUACCCUGAUAUAUGGUAUGACUAUGCCACGUGGCAUGCAAAAAGUGGUUCCAUAGACCCUGCAAUCAAAGUUUUCCAGCGAGCAUUGAAGGCUCUUCCCGCUUCAGAAAUGCUAAAGUAUGCUUAUGCAGAGCUUGAAGAAUCACGAGGAGCUAUUCAGGCUGCAAAGAAAGUAUAUGAAAGUCUUAUAGGGGAUGGAGUUGAUGCAACAGCACUGUCACAUAUCCAGUUUAUACGGUUUCUAAGAAGAACGGAGGGAGUUGAAGCAGCUCGGAAAUGCUUUCUGGAUGCCCGCAAGUCUCCAAAUUGCACUUACCAUGUUUAUGUUGCAUACGCGACGAUGGCCUUUUGUCUUGAUAAGGAUGCCAAGCUUGCACAUAAUAUUUUUGAAGCUGGUUUGAAACGCUUUAUGCAUGAGCCUGGUUACAUUCUUGAAUAUGCAGAUUUCUUGUCCCGUUUGAAUGACGAUAGAAACAUCCGGGCUUUGUUUGAACGAGCAUUGAGCUCACUUCCACCCGAUGAAUCUGUUGAGGUUUGGAAAAGAUUUUCCCAAUUUGAGCAGACAUAUGGAGAUCUUGCCAGCAUGUUGAAGGUUGAACAAAGGAGAAAAGAAGCUUUAUCUCGAACGGGGGAGGAUGGAGCAUCUGCUUUGGAGAAUUCACUGCAUGAUGUCGUAUCACGUUAUAGUUUUAUGGAUCUGUGGCCUUGCUCGUCUAGGGACUUGGAUCAUUUGGCCCGACAAGAGUGGCUCUCGAGAAACAUCAAUAAGAAGAUUGAAAAUCCUGCACCUGCUAAUGGAACUGGUUUUGCUGAUAACAUUUCAGGAGUUCCAAAUAGCUCGAAUCUCUUUGGAAAAGUCGUUUAUCCAGAUACAUCAAGGAUGGUAAUUUAUGAUCCAAGGCAAAAGCCUGGUCCUCCUGCCCCUGGACUAUCUAAUGUUCCAAGUACCUUUCCUUAUGGUGUUACAUCAAGUUUUGGUGGAACAACGAAUGCACUCAAUGAUAUGGCAAAAGCCUUACCGCCAGCAUUGGCAGCCUUUGUGGCAAAUUUACCAGUUGUUGAGGGUCCAUGCCCUGAUGUUGAUUUUGUAAUAUCCAUAUGUUUGCAAAGCAACAUAACUUCAGCAACUGGGAAAUCACCUCAACAGUUACAGGCCGGGCCUGUCCCAAGUUCCAGUGACCUUUCUGGUUCAAGCAAAUUAAAACAAACAAGUGACAGACAGCCGGGAAAGAGGAAAAAUUCAGAGAGGCAAGAUGACGAUGACACUACGACUGUCCAGAGCCAGCCAUUACCUAGAGAUGCUUUUAAGAUACGCCAAUUACAAAAGGCUCGCGGUAGUAGUUCACGUGCGGGUGGUGGUGGUUCUGCAUCAUAUGGGAGUGGGUUAUCUGGCGACUUCUCUGGAAGUUCCAGUUGA